AUGUGUCUGUUCUCCCGCCGAUGGGAGACCUGGCCCUGCGGCCAUCACAGGGAGGACGAACCCGAGCUGGAGGAAAGAUGUCGGGCCCGCCGCAACGGCGACGUCGCCGGCUGCAACCGCUGUAUCCGCUGGACCGACGAGGCAUCUCCAAUCAUCCUGCCGACACGGGAGCGCUGCCCAGAGUGCGGAGGCGAGUGUGACAACCACACUAACGUCAGCGACGCCAUGCUCUUCUUCCGCGACCGCGAUGCCGUCGCCAGACGCGUCUACGAGAGCAGAAGACGACAACAGCGGCAGUCACCUGGCGGCGAUGCCCAGUAUGGAGGUUGUCCACAGGUUGGAGGUCGACCGAAUCAACAUUUCAACACAGCCGAGAGCUUCCUUGAUUCGCUCAGGCGAAGUGCAAGAAGUCUCCCCACGAGAGGAAAUGGAUCUCCGUCUUUGGGGGCAAGUCCAAAACUGCCAUUGGCCUUGCAGGAAGCGAUCAGAAGGUUCCGCCGCCAGAGGCCUGGUCAAAAUAGACCAAUCUUGAUUGAUCGCAACCUUGCGCCGGGUGUUGGCGGCGAUAGAAUCCCUAGCAGUCCUCGUACGCCCUUGUCCUCCGGUAUGCAUCACAACUCGAACCACUUUGGCCUCGGCAAUCAUCUUGGCAGAUCUCAGACUCCGAUGCCAAUAGGCGGCCAUGGCUUUCAGCUUCCCGUACCCAGCAGCACCCCACUCGACGGCCUAUUCGAGGACUUUCACGGCCCUGGUAACAUGAGGGGCGGUACAAUGCCUGCGGCGUAUCAUACAGUGCCUCCUGGACCGGAAGCUGGCGGCAGCAAUAACCCGUUUGACGGCUUGCUGCGGGAAAUCCGCGCCAGCCGGAAUUCUAGCACCGGUAUCGGCGACAUGGAGCUUCCGGUGCGGACGAGCGCUCGACCCCUCAGUGAUAUCGGCCUGGGUGUCGGACAGACGGCGUUUCCGGUGCAUGAGCUCCAGGAUCCGGUGAUUCUGUCGCCCACGGAGGGUAUCGCGCGUGUGCCUGGGGGCCUGGUAGUUUUCAAUCCCUCGAUCGUCGGAUAUCCUCCUGGUGCUCGCGAUGGCAGUGGAUUGUAUGGUUAUACUGGAGAAGCUCAUGAAUGGCCAUGA